AUGGAGCCUCCUCUUAUUGGGAAUAAGUUCCGUCUUGGCCGCAAAAUCGGUAGCGGCUCUUUCGGAGAGAUUUACCUCGGAACUGAUGUUCAGACCAACGAAGAGGUCGCUAUUAAGCUUGAAAGUGUGAAAACUGCGCAUCCGCAACUGUCCUAUGAGUCCAGGAUAUAUAGGGUUGUUCAGGGUGGAACUGGGAUUCCAAACAUUAAGCGGUUUGGUGUUGAGGGAGACUACAAUGUCUUAGUCAUGGAUUUGCUUGGUCCUAGUCUUGAGGAUCUCUUUGGCUAUUGCAACCGCAAGUUUACUUUGAAGACUGUUCUCAUGCUUGCUGAUCAGAUGAUAAAUCGUCUCGAGUUCAUCCAUUCUAAAUCCUAUCUUCACCGUGAUAUUAAGCCUGAUAAUUUUCUCAUGGGUUUGGGAAGACGGUCAAAUCAGGUUUACAUCAUAGACUUUGGCUUGGCUAAGAAAUAUAGAGACAGCUCUACUCAUCGACAUAUCCCAUACAGGUAA